AUGACGUCGGAAGAGGUCCACCCGGUGGAGAAAGAGACCGAGGAGCACGGCACAACGGAAGCCGUGGGAGCCGCAACAGAAGCCGUGGUAGCACGGGCGGAGAUAGCUUUGAAGGAGACAGAGCAGUUCGUGUCGCCAGACACGGACGGCAAACGGUAUUCGGAUCGAGCGCAAGCGGCACCGGGGAACUUUUGGGAGACGCCGACCGAGAGGGGGUGGAUCAUGCCAAGGUCCAAAAAGAGAGCGGAGGUCGUCGAGAAGCAGGAGCUAUCGCCCAUGGUGUUGAUCAGGACGGAUGUUCUUGAGGAGCUCGGAGUCAUGGGGCAUACGGGAGCUGACGGUCAGUAUGUUGCGAAGACGGGGAACGACUUGUCGGUUGUCGUGCGGGACGCGCCGCAUGGGGCCAAAGUAGAGGUGCGGACCAGCGGGGGCCGGGUAGUUGAGGACGGCGGCACAUUGCUCUUUCUGGAGAAGGGGGCGAAGCUGGAGAAGGAGGUCGAGGCGCUCCUCUCUGACUACGCUUGCCUCGACCUCGACAAACAGAAGAACUCCCUCCAAAAAGUCUACCAGCGGGCAGCGGUGCUUGUCAGCACGCCCUAUAAUCGGGAUCCGGAAACCAGCGGUGGCCAGAGGAGAUAG